AUGAGUUUGCGACAGCCAGUCCCGCCGUAUCAACACGGCGAGGCUCCGACAAGAGCACCCGCAGACGACUCGGAUGUGGAGGAAGAAGCGCUAGCGGAGGACUAUCGCGAGCAAGUGCAGUACGGGGAUGGCAUGAAUGAUCUGGAACGAACAACAUCACUGGGAGCACAAAGCCAGCAGGACAUACACGCACAAUUAGCGGCUGCCGCAACACCACUCGAGUUCCAAGCGACGUUGGAGACGAAGUUUGCGAGCUACGACAACUACUGCAGUCUUUUCCACUACAUAUUGAACUCGGAUGGGCCGGUAGACAUAGAGGUGCCCUCGUAUUACUGGGCUUGGGACGUGAUUGACGAGUUCAUAUAUCAGUUCAACAGCUUCUGCAGCUACCGCCAGCGAGUCGCAUACAAAGCCGAGAACGAGGAGGAGAUCCAGAUUCUACGGGAGAACCCGAACACAUGGGGCUGCUACAGCGUCCUAAACGUCCUUUACUCCCUGAUCCAGCGAUCACAGAUUAGCGAGCAGCUGGCAGCUAUGAAGCGUGGAGAGGACCCGAGUCAGUAUGCUGGCGAGUACGGCAACCGGCCGUUAUACAAGAUGCUGGGUUACUUUUCCAUCAUCGGGCUCCUACGAGUACACUGUCUCCUAGGCGAUUUCAGCCUGGCGCUCAAGACUCUGGACGACAUCGAGCUGAACAAGAAGGCCAUGUUUGCCCGCGUCAUGGCCGCUCACUUCACAACCUACUACUAUGUCGGCUUUUCAUACAUGAUGAUGCGCCGGUACGCCGACGCCAUCCGCAUGUUCAGCCAUAUCCUCGUCUACGUCUCCCGCACGAAGAAUUUCCAGAAGAACUCACAAUAUGACUCGAUCACGAAGAAGAACGACCAGAUGUACGCGCUCAUUGCCAUAUGCGUAGCCUUCAACCCUACACGACUGGACGACACCAUCCACACCGCCCUGAGGGAGAAAUACGGCGAGCAGUUCAACCGCUUACAGCGCGGUGGGCCGGAAGCGCUGCCCCUUUUCGAGGAGCUGUUCCGCCAGGCGUGCCCGAAGUUCAUCUCACCCACGCCACCAGACUUCGACAACCCGGCCGUCAAUGUCGAUCCUCUGGAACACCAUCUUGCUAUCUUUAUGGAUGAGGUCAAGAACAACAUGCACUCGCCGACGGUCAGGAGCUACCUCAAGCUGUACACGACAAUGGACCUGAAGAAGCUGGCCGGGUUCCUGGAUGUGGAGCCGGAGAAGCUGAGGCACUGGUUGCUUGUUAACAAGCAGAGGAGCAGGCAGAUCAGGUGGAGCGAGGGUGGCCUACUGGACGGCGAUGUGGUGAACAGCAGCGACUUGGACUAUGCUAUGGAGGGGGACCUUAUCCACGUCUCCGAGGCCAAGAUUGGUCGGAGAUUGGUGGACUGGUACCUUAGGAACCUUGCGAGGACUUACUGA